UUCGUGGGACAGCUGGGACUACUGCGAUAGCGAGCUGUUGUGAGCCAACGAAUGUUGCGUCAUCGUGAUACAUGUUGAGGUAGAUCUGAAAGGGCAUCGUUAUCGAUAUGGACAGGCCGAGCGACACAGGCACACACCAAGCGCCGGGCGGAAUCAGCAAUUCGGUACAGAGCAUCUUCGCCCCCACGGAAACCGCAAGUCCACUGCAAGUCUGGGGACUUCACUAUUGCACGCUGCCAGGCAUGCACGUUUGCAUGGCAGGUGCGGCGUAGUAGGCGCGGUGAACGUUCGUGUGAGGGAGGGGGAUGGGCAACACCGAAACACACAAUUGCCGUGCUACCAGCGGUUUUCCGUGGCAGGUGCGGCGAGGAUUUGUGUGGGGGAAGCGAAAAGGGGCCCCAACAAAAUACACAAGGGCGUGGUGCUACCAGCGGGUGGGCGUGGCAAAUGCAGUGAAUUUUUGUGCGAGGGAGGAGGGAACGGGCAACACGGAAGCACACAACGUGCCAUGCUACCAGCGGGUUUCCGUGUCAGGUCGGGCUAGCACUCGUAUGGGGGAGUAGGGAAGAGGCCCCGCUCAAACACAGGAUUGUGUGGUGCUACCAGCGGGUUUCCGUGGCGGGAAGGGGGAAGGGGCCCGGACAAACACACAAGGGUGUCGUGCUACCAGCGGGUGGGCGUGACAGGUGCGGUGAACGCUCGUGUGAUAAGAAGGGAAGGGGCAACACCGAAACACACAACGUGCCGUGCUACCAGCGCAUUUGCAUGGCAGGUGCAGGUAACCGAGCACCUGCGUGGGAGAAGAGGGAAGGCGCCCCGCCAAAGCACGCAGGGUUGUGUGCUACCAGCGGGUUUCCGUGGCAGGUGCGGCGGGUUUCCGUCGCUCGGCGUCUUCGGGUGCUGGGACUGUCCCCUCUGUAACAUCCGCAUUCA